CGAGCUGGAGGACGGUGUGAUGCGCUGAUAUCACCGAGCUGGAACCAAAACCGUUAAUUUAGGCUCCAGACAUGAACAAAAAUGCUUCAUGUAUUUUUCUGGCUGUAGCUAAUGCUCCGUGGAAGUGGAUAUUUACUUUGAUUUUCGUGAUGGAUAACGCAUUGUAACGGAUAAAGGAAUGACAAAGAGAAUGGGAUACCGAGACUGGAGGUGGCAGGCGCUUUGGUGGCAUCAUUUCUUUCUCUUGUGGAUUACAAUAGACGGACAGACUCGUUACAGCAUCCCGGAGGAGCUUAAACAGGGAUCUGUGGUAGGAAAUUUAGCCAAAGAUUUGGGUUUAGGACUAUCAGAUAUUUUUGACCGAAAACUGCGUGUUGCCGCUGAGGCUGGUGAGCAGUAUUUCAGUGUGGAUGCGGGGAAGGGCGAGCUGGUGGUGAAUGACAGAAUAGACAGAGAGGCUUUAUGCGGACAAAGCGCCAGCUGUGUGUUGCCUUUGCAGAUAGUUCUCGAGCACCCUCUAAGUUUACAUCGAAUUGAGGUAGAAAUAAAAGACAUAAAUGAUCAUUCUCCCAUGUUUCAUACAAAGGAAUUGUCACUGAAAAUUGCCGAAUCGGCGGCAGUGGGAACUCGUUUUCUUUUGGAGAGCGCGGAGGAUUUAGACGUUGGAGGUAAUUCCGUAAAAUCCUACACCUUGACUCGAAAUGACUGUUUCACGCUGAAAAUGAAGGAAGUUGAGGAUGGUAAGGCAGUGCCUGAGUUAGUGUUAGAGAAACCUUUAGACAGAGAGAAGAAGGCAGUUCAUCAGUUACUACUGAAAGCAUUAGACGGGGGAAACCCAGUCAUGUCUGGUACAUCACAAAUAACAAUUACAGUGCUUGAUAACAACGACAAUUUCCCAGUAUUUGACAAAAAUGUAUAUAAAGUGUCCUUAUUUGAGAACACUGCUAAAGAUACUUCUGUAAUCAAAAUCACAGCUACUGAUGCUGACGAGGGACCGAACGGAGAACUUGAAUACUCUUUUGGUACUCGGACACCAGACUCCGUGUUAUCGGUAUUUGAAAUUGACAAAUUAACUGGAGAAAUGCAUUUGAAAGGAGACUUAGAUUAUGAAAGAGCUACGUCCUACAAAAUCGAAAUAACUGCAAAGGACAAGGGGGUGCCUGAAAUGGAGAGUCACUGUCGUCUACAGAUAGAUGUUGUAGAUGUUAAUGACAACAUUCCAGAAAUUGUUCUCACCUCUGAACCGCAGGCGGUGAGCGAAGACGCACCAAGUGGCACAGUUGUGGCUUUGCUCAGUGCACGCGAUACUGACUCCGCUAAUAAUAGCAAAGUGACACUGCGCCUACCCAGAGGCUCUCCUUUCACUUUAAAACCCUCGUUUUCAAACAAUUAUGCACUGGUUACCAGUGGUGCUUUAGACCGAGAGAGUUUCUCAGAGUAUAAUAUUGAAAUAACAGCGACAGACUCAGGCUCUCCUCCACUCUCUAGUCAGAAAAUUAUACCUGUCAGUAUCACUGAUGUAAAUGACAACCCUCCUAUAUUCACUCAGCCCUCAUAUAAUGUUUAUUUGAAAGAGAACGGAGUACCAGGUUCUAUACUUUACUCAGUAUCAGCCUCUGACCUGGAUUUUGGAGAAAACGCUAAAAUCUCUUAUUCUAUUCUGGACUCUAAAGUGCAGGACGUUUCUGUCUCGUCUUAUGUUUACAUCAACUCAGAUAACGGCAGCAUCUACAGCAUGCACUCGUUUGACUAUGAGAAGCUGAAGGUGUUUCAGAUUCAGGUUCAGGCAAAGGAUCAGGGCUCUCCGUCUCUCAGCAGCAACGCCACUGUCCAUGUUUUCAUCCUGGACCAGAACGACAAUGCCCCCGCUGUUAUUUACCCCUCCUCCGCUGCCCUGGGCUCCCUCUCUCAUCAGAGGAUGCCCCGCUCGGCCAAAGCCGGUCACUUGGUUACCAAGGUGACGGCUGUGGACGCUGACUCGGGCCACAACGCGUGGAUCUCCUACAAAGUGUCGGAGGCCACAGACGCGUCUCUGUUCACUGUCAGUCUGUACACAGGGGAGGUGAGGACUAAACGCGCUGUGUCCGAGCAGGACGACUCCUCUCAGAGGCUGCUGAUAGAGAUCAAGGACGACGGGGAGCCGGUCCAGUCCGCCACCGUCACGGUGUCCAUCCUGCUGGAGGACGGUCUCCAUGAGCCCAUCUUAGACCUGAGACACAAAUCGAUGGUGGAGCCGAGCAAGAAAACUGGGAGAAUCACCCUGUAUUUGAUUCUGUCUCUGGCCUCGGUGUCCGUGUUGUCUCUGGUGACUUUUGUCAUCUUGGCGGUGAAAUGCAUGAGGAGCAGCAGGAGCAGCGGUAGUUGCUGCAUGAGACGCAGCGACUGUGAUGAUUACAAGAACCCGAACAGGAACCUGCAGAUUCAGCUGAACACUGAUGGACCUAUAAAGUACGUGGAGGUCCUGGGAGGAGACAUGUUGUCUCAGAGUCAGUCGUUCAGGUCGUGUAUGUCUCCGAUGUCAGAGUACAGUGAUUUCACUUUGAUUAAGCCCAGCAGCACCACAGACUUUAAGGAGGUGAUCAGUGUCCUGGAUGCGUCUUUACCGGACAGCACCUGGACCUUUGAGAGCCAGCAGGUGAGCACAAAACAACAGUAGUCUUUUGUGUAGUUA